UGGGAAGCGCGCGCAUUUAUUCAGUAGCAGGAGCGCGCGGAGCGCAUAUAUUGGGUGAGAAAAGGCAGCGUGAGCAUGCUGUUAGGAGUUGUCAGCCUCAGAAUUGGAUUUCUUGAAUAUAGUUACAGUUUCGGAGCAAAUGAGAACUGGGAGGAACACGUUUCUACUCCGAGAAUAGCUUCUUCGCGGCAGCUCAAUUUAAACGGGUGUUUAAAUUAGAUUUGAGUUAGUGUAGUCGUUUCGUUUUCGCAUGGAAUGCACCGUGGCGUCUCACUUUAGUUUUAGACAUCGUUAAUUGCAAGCGUGGAUAUUAGGCUACUGACGCGCUGCUGCGUACGCGAAUACAACUGAGGGGACAUCGCUGCAUAUUAUAUCCGAAAUACAUUAAACAAUAGAAUAACAGACGCACACGUUUCUCUACAUGGCUUUCCGUCUCUGAACAGCGGAAAACCACACAGACGAGCCUGCCUGUGUAAUUAAAGCUUGCGGCAGCAACGCGGACGAUUAUUUUUGUUUGUUGCAAAGCAAUUUCUUCUCAGAGACGCGAGCGGCGCGCGCAGAAGUGUGCUGGAGCCGAGAGCGGAUCGCCUGGAGCCGGACUCCUCGCUCCUCAGGACGAUGGUGUUAGACAAGGAAGAGGGUGUGCCGAUGCUCUCCGUUCAGCCCAAAGGAAAACAGAAGGGAUGCGCCGGCUGCAACCGUAAGAUUAAAGACCGCUACCUGCUCAAGGCCCUGGACAAAUACUGGCACGAAGACUGCCUGAAAUGUGCCUGCUGCGACUGCCGCCUGGGUGAGGUGGGCUCCACCCUCUACACCAAAGCCAAUCUCAUCCUCUGUCGCAGGGACUACCUGAGGCUCUUUGGUACAACGGGUAACUGUGCAGCCUGCAGUAAACUGAUCCCAGCCUUUGAAAUGGUGAUGAGGGCCAGAGAUAAUGUUUACCAUUUGGACUGUUUUGCCUGUCAGCUUUGUAACCAGAGGUUUUGUGUGGGCGACAAGUUUUUCCUAAAAAACAACAUGAUUCUGUGUCAGAUGGACUAUGAGGAGGGGCAGCUCAACGGGAGCUUUGAGACACAAGUUCAAUAGCCAAUCAAACGACGGCAGCGACAGCUCUCGGUCCACACACACAAACACACGCUUAUGUGCGAUGGAUGUUCUGCUGCACUCAGAGAGAAGAGCAUCUGUCUGCUUGCCUGCAAUACUUUUUACAGUAAAAGCCCUAUUGGUCCCUGAGGACUCUAUUGUAAAUGUACUACUUUUUGGCCCUUCCUGUCCCCAACACUGAGCAGUUACACGUUUUGAUGUACAGUUGUGCCUGCUUAGCUGAGCACUGUAUUGCCUGUAUGGUUUUUGUGAUGUUUUUCUGUUUUGGUCUCCAUCUUUUUCUUUCUUUCUCUCUCACACACACACACAACCACACACACACUUGCUCUAUUUCUCUUUCUCUUGUUCUUCUAAUGCUUCUCUGAGGGUAUGUACAGUCUGUUUUCUGUAUAUAUAAACUGGAACAUUUAUUUUAUGAAACUGUAAUGCAAUUUUAUUACCAGUGUGAAUUAAAAAGAUUCUUAAAUGUU